AUGGCCAGGUUUCUAGCCACGCAUAGCAUCGAUGGACUGACCGAGGAGCAAUUCCGGGACAAGCUGGGCGCUUACACGGGAGGGGUCAGCAAGUGGCGUCCCGACCGGCGCACGACGAUCCUGAAGGUGUACGCCGACACGUCGCAGGGCAAGGUGUUCACCGAGUGCGAGGCGGUGGAGCAGUCCCACUUCGAGGACUGGAUGAAGAUGGCGGGGUGGCCGGCCGACUCGGUCAGCCAGAUUGACCUGAUCUUCCAGACCGGGGAUAUGUGGCGGGUUUAG